AAAGUUUCAUAAAAAUAAUCAGUUUGUCUUGGAGGCAGGAACAGCUGGGGAUUCCCAGAGGAAGGAGCGGAGGCGGCUCCGGCCCACCAGGUGGCGGUAGAACACUGGCUUUACCGUCGUCUGGAAAGGAAGAACAGGAGGAGGCUCGUUUCCAGUCAGCUGGACGUCCUGGGAAAAAAAAAAUCUCUGGGAUUUAGUUAGUUUCCUUCGCUCUGCGUUUUCCGAGUCUCGGUCCAGACAGCACGAGUUAGCCGUGCCACGGAGCCGAGCCGGGCGGCUUCGAACCGGUUCUGAACAGCGUUUGGUACCGGAGCUGGACCAACUGUUUCAGAAUCCAGAACCUUCUUCCCGCUCAGAAACACCAGGCGCUUUACUCCCGUUUAGAUGUGCAGUUUCUCAAACUUCCUGUUCAGACAUGGCGAAGCUCUGUCUCUGCUGCACGAUCCUCCUGCUCCUCUUCACCUCCGUCUCGGCUCACAGUGACUUCUUCACUUCCAUUGGUCACAUGACAGACCUUCUGUUGGUGGAGCGGGAUCUGGUGUCUUCGCUGAAGGAUUACAUCAGAGCGGAGGAGGACAAACUGCAGCGAAUCAAACGGUGGGCGGACAGGCUGGACGUGCUCGCGACUGCCGGUUCUCAGGAUCCCGAGGGUUUCCUGGGUCACCCGGUGAACGCCUUCAAAUUGAUAAAGAGGCUCAACACGGAGUGGGUGGAGCUAGAGGGCCUGGUGCUGACUGACGUGUCGGAUGCGUUUGUCUCCAACCUCACCAUCCAGAGGCAACACUUCCCCAACGACGACGACCAGACCGGAGCGGCAAAAGCUCUGAUGAGGCUCCAGGACACCUACGAGCUGGACACGGAGACCAUCUCCAGCGGACGGCUGCCAGGCUCGUCAUCGGUGGCCGCGACGAGCAGCGUCCUGACCGUGGAAGACUGCUACGACCUGGGAAAGGUGGCGUACUCCGACGUGGAUUAUUACCACACGGAGCUGUGGAUGGCCCAGGCCUUAAAGCAGCUGGAGCAGGGGGAGGAGUCCAGCAGUGUGGACGCCAUCGCCAUCCUGGACUACCUGAGCUACUCCGUCUACCAGCAGGGGGAGCUGGAGAGAGCGCUUGACUUCACCAAGAAACUUCUAGAACUGGACCCGUCACACCAACGGGCCAAUGGAAACCUCAAGUACUUUGAGUAUCAGCUGUCCAAACAGAAGAAGCUGGAGGUCGUCGGCAACGAGGAGCAGAGGAUGCGGAAGAAGAACUUAGGUCGCAGUGACGACUACCUGCCGGAGAGGAAGCAGUACGAGAAGCUGUGUCGGGGCGAAGGCAUCCAGAUGACUCCCCGCAGACACAGCCGCCUCUUCUGUCGCUACUAUGACAACGGCCGGCACCCCAGGUUCGUAAUAGGACCGCUGAAGCAGGAAGACGAGUGGGACAGCCCUCACAUCGUCCGUUACCACGACAUUGUGUCGGACAGAGACAUGGAGAAGGUGAAGGAGCUGGCCAAACCCAGGCUCCGUCGAGCCACCAUCUCCAACCCCACCACCGGCGUCCUGGAAACGGCCCACUACCGCAUCAGUAAGAGACGGGCCACGGUGCAUGACCCUCAGACAGGCACCUUGACCACAGCUCAUUACAGAGUCUCUAAGAGCGCCUGGCUCGGAGCGUACGAGCAUCCCGUCGUGGAUAAAAUCAACCGGAAGAUCGAGGACAUCACAGGCCUGGACGUCAGCACGGCCGAGGACCUGCAGGUGGCCAACUACGGCGUAGGAGGGCAGUAUGAACCUCAUUUCGACUUUGGACGGAAAGAUGAGCCGGACGCGUUUGAGGAGUUGGGAACCGGGAACCGGAUCGCCACCUGGCUGCUCUACAUGAGCGACGUGCAGGCAGGGGGCGCCACUGUCUUCACCGACAUCGGUGCUGCUGUUCAACCAAAAAAGGGCUCUGCUGUGUUUUGGUUCAACCUGUAUCCCAGUGGAGAGGGCGACUACAGGACCCGACACGCCGCCUGCCCGGUGCUGCUGGGAAACAAGUGGGUUUCCAACAAAUGGAUGCACGAACGGGGUCAGGAGUUCAGGAGGCGCUGCGGUCUUCGCUGGAACGACUGACGCUCAUUUAUCUCCUCCUCGUCCUGUCCUUCUGCUCCCUCCAGAGAAGCAGAACGCAACUCCUCAGAUCUGAUGCUUUUCACUUUAUCCAGUGUGUGAGUGUGUGUUUAUGUGUGUGAAUAGAUCAGGGAACUGCGGCCUUAUUGCAUGUUCAGGUUUCAGCUGGUCCUCAGGUGUGUCUGGGACAAAGAACGCAGAGCGCUGUCCUGUCUGUCGGGCUUAGCUGCGGGUUUGAAGGCAGCCAGAGCAUGAGAAGCGAGCCGAAAGUGACGAUGGAGGUUGUAUUUAUACAACUCCCAUUCACAACUGAUGUCAUUUGAACCAGAUCCAAAACAUGUCAACAAAUCAAUCCAGUCCAAUCCAAAUGUGUUAAAAUUAAGUUAGCCAAUUCAAAAAUUUUUGUCACAGCAUGCUUUGUUAAAUGAAUCAAGUUGCUGAAUGUUUUGGUUUUUAUUUCACAGGGCACUGCUAACGCUAGUUAAAGUUGUAUUAAGGGUUGUAAUUAACCUAAGAAUAUUAUCAUGGAAAUUAGUGUGGGAACUCAUUCAACUUCCCUGAUAGCAGGUGGUCAAUGUUAGAGAU